UUAUUUUUCAUGGCCAGUUUAAAACUUUGCAUAUAAACAUUGAUUAGAUAUAUAACUGAACUCAUGUUGUAACUAGGUAAUAUUUUAUUUUGCCAUAUAUCGACCACGAUUACCGCAGUUUCCAAGCACAAAGAAAAUAUCUUAACAGCAACUUCCAUUUAGCGCGAACAUAUGCUCGGAUAUUUGUCCGAGGACGUAAUCUGUUCCGAGAAGAAAAACUCUAAGCUUCGAAGAACUCAGUGAUGUCCAAGGACAAAUAACCGAGCAUAUUUUUAAAGUCAAAUGACGGCUAUUGUGUUUAUUAUACCUCACAUAUUUUUCGCAACUCGCAGGAUCUUAUGAAAAUUGGAGAAUAUCACUCGGAAACUCCCUCAGUUUUAGCUGGAGAAUGUUCAGUCACGUGACGCGCUUAGACCAAUCGUGUGCGAGCAAAAAUAUUCGAUGGAUUGUGAAUAUUGUUAUAAUAACAGUAUAUAGUGUCAAAUAUAGGAAAUUCUGCGAUUUACAAACUUGUCUCGACGUUUCCACACCAGAUUUGUGGAACUUAAGUGUAAUAACAGUAGAACCCCGCCAUAUAUACGGCCAUCCCAUUCUGGCCCGAAAGUUAGUCAGUCAAAGAGUAGCCUCUUCCAGGCGUUCAGUUAGUUGGGAGGCAGCGCGGAAAACAGCGCGGAAAACAGCGCGCAAAAAAAUUAAUAAAGCGCGGCGAGAGGAAGCGAGAGAACGCCUGUGGGCAAACUCCUCUCACCGAAUUUUUGUUUUUCGCGCUGCGCCCCAACUAGCUGAACGCCUGAAAGAGGCUAGUCCAAGAGAAACGUCUUGGUCAGUCAUAUUCUUAUGCAGAAGCCCUGCAAUACGGUCAGCCCGUUAAUACGCCCACGUGGCCAGUUAGUGACCGAGUUCCAUUGUAUAUCUUAAAAAGAAUUUCAGUUUCGGAGUCAGUUGGUAAAGUUGAAUUACUUUACACACGUAGAGUACAGUCUACGUAAUAAUUGCUUCGUUGGAGGGAGAGUCGGCUUAACUUCGGUCCUACAAAGCUGCCCUCCUCGCAGUAUUUGAGCUGGCUUCUCGGAUUAACCAGUAAGGGUUUUUUUUUCAGAUUAAAAAAAAAUAAUAAUAAUUCCAUUCCCUGCAGGGGCCGUGAACUUGUCAUAUAUCAUGUAGCGAUUUUUCUUUAUGCUGCGUGUUUAUUACCGAAUAGGACGUGCUAGACUGCAAAAACAAAAAGCUUGCCAGCGUCAUUGACCUGAAAUCAGUGAUGGAUGCGUUUCAAAGCUGCCUCUUUGUUCUGACUCUUUUCGCUUUGCUGCUUUCUGCUGUCACUCUCAUGCGAUCGAGCAACACGUCAGCCGAGUUAUUCCUUAUCCAGAGAAGAAUUGAAGAACUGGAGGUUCACCUUUCUAAAGGAUUCGCCAUCCCAGAUUUUCCCCGUGAACCUGACGGAUUACAAGAAAGCAAGCCUACAGAUCACCAAAGAAGGUUUAGUAGAGAUCUGGGGCCUGGUAACGAGUCCAAGCCACGGGAAAAAGCGAGGAAAGGCAUCAAUCGUAAGAUGAAACUAGAAAUAAAGAAUGAGGUUCGCACAGUGAUAGGAUCUUUAACUCAAUUGUUCUGUGCAACGGAAGAAAGACUUUGUCUUAGAGGUCCUAAAGGCGAUAAGGGCGGUGAAGGAACUCGAGGAAUUCCUGGAGUUCGUGGCGAGAGAGGUCUGACUGGACCUUCGGGUAUUAAAGGACAAAAAGGUGACCCAGGCAUUUCAGUUUCCACUCCUACAAUCACUACACCUUCUAAAGUGGUAACCAUUCAAGAGAAGCAUACAACCUCUUUAUCGUGCGAAGCCGAGGGACUUCCUUUACCAGACGUGACCUGGGUGCGACUCUAUGGAUCUUUACCAGGAGGUCGUCACGUGAUACAUAAUAAUGGUACUUUGAUCAUAAGCGGAAUACUGCAACAGGACGCCGGAAUGUAUGUGUGCCAAGCUAAGAAUGUUCUGGGGAUGGCAAAAUCAACCAACUUGUUGAUCGUUCAUGUUCCAGUUCAAUUCACAAAGAGGCCGCGCCCCGUAACAAUAGAGGAAGGGCAGAACGCAACUCUGAGCUGCAAAGCGUCUGGAUUUCCCGCUCCCGUGAUCAGUUGGGCAGCGUCAUCAGCGAGGGGACGCAUGCUCGCAAAGAACUCACUUGAGGGAACACUCGUGAUCAACAAUGCCACCCUGAAAGAUAGUGAUAGGUACACAUGCACUGCAAGAAACGACGUAAAUGAGGUCAAAGCUUCUGCUCACAUUUCCGUACUCCCUAAACUAAAGUUUCUUGAUCACCCAGUCGCGAAGCUAAAUUCUUAUAUCGGUGGCAAAGUUUUGCUCCUCUGCUUAGCGAAUAGUGGUAUAGUGACUUGGUCUAGACAGAACCCUACUAUGCCAGAGGCUCACAAGAUUUUGCGCAACGGAACUCUGAUGAUCAACGUCACUUCUCUUGACGAUGGCGGGUUGUACGUCUGCUUGGCGAAAAGCGAAGUUGCUGCCAUAAACGCCAGUUCCGUUUUAACGGUUCACGCAAGAUCGUGCAGUGAGUUGAGAUUAGCGGGUUACAAUCACAGUGGCGUUUUCGAUAUUAAGCCAGAUCAGAAUUCGCCGUAUUUCCAAGUACGUUGCAACAUGACGGCCAAGGGUGGUGUGGGCGUAUCGAUUGUCAGUCACAACUCGGAGCAAAGGACCGCCGUUAAAGGGUACGUGGCUCCUGGAAGCUAUGUAAGAAAUGUAACUUACGGCGGAGCGACCAUGGCCCAGAUCACACACCUCAUCCAAGCUUCAGCCCAUUGUGAACAAUUCAUAAAAUACGAAUGCCACCAUUCGGUGCUCCUGUGGGAAGGUUCGCGUUAUGGUUGGUGGGUGUCGCGUGACAAAGAGAAGAUGAUGUACUGGGGAGGAGCCUCUCCUGAGAGUGACAUGUGCGCGUGCGGAAUGAACGACUCGUGCGCAACUGGGGGAGCGUGUAACUGCGACGCAAAUGAUAUGACUUGGCGCGAAGAUAGUGGGCUGUUGACUGACAAGUCAAAACUGCCGGUGACGCAGCUCCGUUUUGGUGACACGGGCGAUCCAAGAGUAGAGAAAGGCUUUCACACUUUAGGAAAGUUGAAAUGCUAUGGUAUUGCUUAGAGUAAGGCAACGUCCACACUAUGUCGGGGGAAUUUGAAAACGCAGCUUUAUUUCCAUGCUUAGACCUACCGUCCACAC